GGUAGUUCCGUUGGUUCCGGUAAUUAGGCGGAUUCCUGUAAAUCUAUGGACCGAAACAAAAACUCUACGUACACUGUGCCUGGUGUGAAUGACUUUUCUCUAAUAAUUUUAGUGGUGUAUUCGAUUCAUAUACACUACAACGAACAUAUAGCUACAAUAAUGCGCGCUCAGGGAACUUUUUAAUAUUUGGACAUUCGGUUGUUUUCCUUCGCCAAAACAAAAUCGUCAGAGACUCCGAAGCGGCUGUUUAUACUGUAACUAUGGACUAAACGGACAGUGGUUGGUGUUCAUUCUUGAUUGUUCAUUGAAGUGGAUACAAGUUUAUCAUUGCACUAAACGUGAUUUUACUGAGACGAUGACAAUGAUGAUAAGAUUGCUUUUGCUUCCAUUAUGCUUGAUGCAACUGAAUGAAGUAGCUGGAACCAUCACAUUAACAACUGAUAAUUCGUUGGUGAAAAUGGGCGAUAAUGUAACAAUGACCUGCAAGUUCCCAGAAAAGUACCCAGAGAAAGAGAAUAUAGAAAUACACUUUGCUGGACAGGCUAUUGGAAACUGGAAUUCGCAUGAAAGGGUUUCUUCUGUUUCAAACUCAACACUAUAUUCAGUGUCGAUUGAUAAAUCUCCAACAGGAUAUAACCUUAUGACGUUUACCAUUAAAAGUUUUGCUGUUAGCAAUUGUGGAGAAUACACUUGCCUGGAAAGAUCAGACGCCGGUGUUAACGGUACAGCAACAGUGGAGCAUAAAUUGUCCUAUGGAGAUAAUUGUGGAACAUGUGGACAAUGUUCUCCUUCUACCAAUAUGAGCUGCUCCGGCCAUUCAACCUGCAAGUGCAACAAAGGUUACAUAUAUAAAGACGUUUGUAUUAUUGACCAAAAAUUGGAAUAUGCACUUGGUGAUACUGCCAUAAUAAGUUGUAACAUUCCUGGAGAAUUCUUAAAUCCACGCUGGGAUGAUGGCUCACAUAAUGUAUAUAUCGCUGAGGGACAGACAACCUUUAACAAUGAAACAACUAACUCUAGAUGGUCUCGGUCUAAGGACACAAAGAACCUCAUCAUUACAUCAUUUGAGGAUAGUGAUCCUAGAACGUACAGAUGUAGCAUCACAAGACCAACUACAGACAGCUAUAUAGCAACAGUGACAGUCAUCAUCCCCCCUGAAGCUACAAAUCUAGCAUCUUUGGUAGGAGGAAUUCUUGGAGGGACAGUCGCAGCACUAGUUCUGGUGAUAAUAGGCAUUGUCAUCUACAUGAGGACACCCAAAGAGACCAUAUAAUGGAUACGGAACCAAUCUCUUCGACAACAACAUGUAUUUGACCUGGGAUGUAAUAAGCUCAAUUUCACGACAGUGAUGAAAGACCGUUGGCAAAAGAUCAGAUCGCAGAUGUUCAUAUUUCCAUUCCAAAUUUAAUGUUUUAUGGCUUUAACCGUUACUAACGGUUUAAGAAAAAUGCAUAAAACAUCAAUUCUGGAGAAGAAAUAUGAAAAUCUGCGAUCUGAUCUUUUGUUAUCAGUCUUUUAUCACUGGUUUUCUGAUAUUAACGCCAAAAACUGCUCGCUCCAAGACAAAAAUAAAAAAAACGUUCAAUCAGUGAGAGUGCAGCUUUAAGCGGAAAACAAGGCGUUGGCUGUCCUACAAGUACUACAAAAAAUUACAUUUGUUUUCUUAAAAUGUUGAUUUUGUAAAGCAUUUUGAGUUCAAUAAAUAGUGUUACAUAUUGAUUGAGGACACACACUAUCUAGUUAUAACAAGGUUGUUUUUUUUGCAUUGACAUAUUAUUAUCAGUCAAAAUGUUCAUUGAAACGAACAUGACAGUGAAAUUAAGUUAUUUUGCCUGAAAAGCAUGUUACAGCUUAGUAUGUGGUCGUAAUUUUAACACUUCCUUGAUAGUUUAUUAUAUGCCGACACACAUGUAAAACAAUCCAUUUAUGAUAUUAUAUGAACACUUAAAUAUCCACUCUAUGCUACUGUAGUUAGUCUAUAACCCAUAUCAAACAAUUAAACUUGUUAUAACUUGAACUUGUCCUUAAGCUGUUAUUUAUUUAGGAGAGAAUGUUUACUUGUUUGAACAAAUCAUAUCUCUCGUAUUAAGAAACCAUAAUCAAACAAAAACGGCCGUUUCUUUUUAAUUUGUUAAAGUUAUUUUGAGGAUUGCCAUUAUAUUAGUACAAUGCUUUGUCCUUUAAUUAGUCAUUUUUGAGGGGACUAAAUCAGAAUAAUAAAUAUUGCAUAUACCAGUUUGAAAAUCGUUUAAUAAACUGUUAACUUAUCUAAUAACUAUUAGUGGAAUAUGGUUUUAUCUUUAUUAUUUCAUAUGUAAAUCCAACCAACUAACGUCAUAGAUUUUGUUCCACCAAAAUAUAUUCUAUAAAAUACACCUAACAACUGAUUAUAGAAAUACUGUGAGGGCAAUAUGGUGACUUUUCAGAGCCCUUCAAAAGAAACUUGUAUGCAUCCAGUGCCGUAAGCCCAACCAUUGCACUUCUAGAACUCAUUGUAUUGAAUCAAUGCAUGCAUAAAACAUCAUCAUCAUAGUUAUAACAAUCAAACGCCCUAUUUUUCCAAAUUAUGAUUUUGGGUCCUAAAGGUUUUUUUAUUGGUUUUGUUAUGAUGACCAUGUCUCUUAAUACGUGGUGUACAUAUAUAUAUAUAUGUUUCCAUCUUUAAAGCAAAGCGCACCGGACACGUCAUCGAAACAUUCUUCUUACAAUCUUCUUGCAGUAGGUAGAGAUUGACACAAUCACUGUACCAACCACGCCUAUGUAUAUUUCUGUCUUCAACAACCUCAGAUACACUGCACCACAUUGUUAUUAUAUUCUAUACAUGAAUAGAGUAUGGAUUGGUUGUUUGUUCUUUGUUUGUUCUUUGUUUGUUCUUUCACUUGUAUUUUACUUUUGUUCACUUUUGUUCGUUGUAUCUUGUAAAUAUAUUUCAUUUUGUUUACCUAUUUUAAUUCAAUUCAAUAUGAAGGAAUAAAAGAAUAUAUAUCUAUGAAUUAAUAACAGUUACUGAAACUCAUCCAAUUUAUUACAAUUAUGAAAUAUAUCAAUGUAAACAGUG